AUGGCGGAAGACAACGAGAAGAUAAGCGAAGAGGAGACAAUGGCAACCAAGAACCUCCCUGGGGACCUUAUCGAGUUCAUACUUUCAAGGCUUCCGGUCAAGUAUCUUCUAAGAUUCAGAGCGGCGGUAAAACUCGAUCUUCCGUUCAACUCUCCAGAUUACACAACUGAAGUAGUGGGUUCUUGUAACGGCUUGCUCUGUAUAUCCAGCUACGGCUUAACCUGGUAUCACAAAGAUGACAUAUUCCUCUGGAAUCCUUCGACGAGAAGGUAUAAGAAGCUGCCAUUUACUCCUAUAGAGUGUCCUAUCCAAUUUCGCAUUGCCCAUCUCAUUGGUUACGGAUUCGGUUACGACCCCAUCACUGAUGAUUACAAGCUAGUAAGGGUUGUGCAGUCUUAUGGUAGAGAUGACAGCUCUUGGCAUUCGGAGGUGAAGGUCUAUUCACUUAGCACCAACUCAUGGAGAAGGAUUAGGAACAUGCCCUUCCACCUCGGCACACGCCUAAUUGGGGUUCAUGCAAAUUCUGCUCUUCAUUGGGUUGCUGAUCGCUUUAAGAGACCUUUCAGCUCCCCCACUAUUGUCGUUUCCUUUGAUCUUAAAGAUGAGGAGUAUCGAGAGGUGCCACUGCCUGACUUUGUGGACCUUAAGUUUUGCAUGACUAUUGGGUUUCUUGGUGGACAACUCGUGCUCUGUAACUUCUUGGGGGUCCAUUUUGAGGUUUGGUUGUUGAAGGAUUACGGUGUGAGGGACUCUUGGACGAAACAGUUCUUGAUCGAAGGACAAUCCUCGAUGAGGUCUUUGAAGUUUGUUAGACCGAUUUGCUAUUCAAAGAAUGGUGAAGUUAUACUCAAGAAGAUUUCAAAUGCACUGGUCCUGUGUGAUCCCUGUAGUAGAAGGGCUAGGAAUUUUAGGAUUCUAAGUGUUUCGGAUAUGGUUGAAGCAGAGUUUUACGUUGGGAGUCUUGUUCCACUCGUGUCAAAGAUGAAACUGAGCGAAGAAAAAGAACAGGAAGCAACCAACAGAAAAAGAAAAAGAAUAUAGUAUAAUUUAUUAACAUGAUAAUUGGUAGUCUUAUAGUUACAAUUGUUUCCUCCUUGUUUGUUUAUUUACACCUUGCCUUGAACAAUUAUUGUUUCAUCUCAAAAACUGCAAUGGCUGUGUCUCUCAUUCUUGCUACUGUCUGAGCUCAUAAUCCAAUCUGUCAAGUUUCAAGAUGCUUGCUUUGAAACUGAAUGAAAAUUAGGGUGAAGACAUUAAUCCACCCUUGCAUGUUUAUUACAAAAUGCUAUUCUCUUAAAAAACUUCAUUGCAUUUCCUUUGUUAGCACUAAUGCACUUGGGUGAUGUGAAAGGGGUAUGUAAUUUGCCUGUUAAGUUGUACUUACUUGAGAUCUUUCCUUGUGAAUCAAAUUUAAGUUACUUGUAUAAGAGUGAAGUAGUGAGCCUUGCUUGCUUCAUUCAUUCUUUUCCAUUUAAUUAGGCCAUUGGAAAGGUUUUUGGAAAUGAUGUUUAUUUCCCUUGUUAGACGAUAGAUUUUAGGGGAGAAGCUGCACUUAUAGGAACUGCUUAGUGAAGACAGUGAAAUUUGUAUAUCAUUAGAUGUUGACUUGGUGUUAUGUGGGAAGGACAGACAGGAAGUCUUACAAUUUAUGGGCUAAAUGAAGAUUUUGCCCUAACUAGAGUGGACUUGUUGGAAGAGAAUUUGUGAAGCCAAACCUAAAGUAGUUUGGACUUUGAAGUAGGCUUAUUUUGAGAGUUGUGUGCUAUCCUACACUCUUUUAUGAUGGAAGUUUAUUUUCACUUUUUUAGGAAUGCUUUUCUUCACAGAAUUUGUUCUUAAACUGAAAUAACAUUAAAUCUCCGACGUGCUUCAUAUUGUUGCUACAUUGUACCUUGUUAGAGUAUUGAUAGAGUUAACAUCAGGUGCGAAUGGACGUAAUGAUCUACCAGGCCUGUAAACAAAGAUUAGAUACAAAUACUGAAUCUGACUUUGGCCAUCAUAAUAUUCAGUAGGGUGAUAUUUGGACUUUAAGUUAUCUUACACGAAUUUUUUGUCUGACCGCUGGUCCUCGUUCAUUCUUUAUGUGAAGUGAUUGAUUUUAUGCAUCAUGUUUCAGUUUUUUCCCCUUAGAACCUCACCCUGGAAACAAUGAUAGGAUUGUGUGUCUUUUUCACAUCUCUUUUAAAUGUGUAAGAGUAUUAAUAUUGCUUUCAUUCUCUAUUUACCGUGAUGCUGUACAGUAUUUCAUUUGUGGAACCUUGUUCUGACAGGGCCGACGUUGAAAGUGGAAGGUUAGCAAUGAACUAAUCGAGAAUGGAAAACAAAUGACAAGGGAAUCGGGGCAUGGGCUUACGAAGUAUAUCCUAUGGUAUUCUUUCUUUUGCUGUACAUAAUCUGUUGGCUAUACAUGGAUAUUGCUGUCAAUGGUGCCCAUAUAUUUUGUAUGGUUUGGUACAUAUUACGACUCACGGUACUCACUGACUUCAGUCUUUUUGUUCAAAGAAUUUAAAAAUGUCAAUACAACAAUGGGGGUUAUCUUUUA